AUACUCACUAAAAACCGCGUGCAAUUUUCAAUCGUAUCGUAUCGGAACGGAAUCCAAUGUGAUCCAUUUUGGCCAGGCCAGUAAACAGAGGGAAUGCAGCGACAGAAACCCAAAGGACCGGGCAAACCCGGUCCACGAUUCAAACCGGGAUCCGGGAAAGCUAAAGGAGGACCUGGUGGCCGUGGAAACGGCGAUAACAAACAAAAGCGUUCUCGCCAAGAGUUCAACAAAUCCCGACUGGCAGCCACCGAUGCUGAGAUCAAGGAACUGCAGGCCAAGUAUGCAGAAAUUGAUGCUCCAGCCAUCAAGAAGUUCGCACAGUUUCCUCUGUCCAAAAAGACCCAAAAGGCGCUGGCGGAGUUCAAGUACGUGAAUCCUACGCAGGUGCAGCGGGAGAGUAUCGGACCUGCACUGCAGGGCAAGGAUGUGCUGGGUGCUGCGGUUACAGGCAGUGGCAAGACACUGGCCUUUCUUAUACCCGUUCUGGAGCAUCUUUUCAUCAACAAAUGGUCGCGCACCGAUGGCGUUGGCGCUAUCAUCAUCUCGCCCACCCGUGAGCUGGCAUAUCAGAUCUUCGAGACCCUUAAGAAGGUGGGCAAGCACCAUGACUUCUCCGCCGGCCUAAUCAUCGGCGGAAAGAACCUAAAAUUCGAACGCACUCGUAUGGACCAGUGUAACAUACUGAUCUGCACACCCGGCCGCUUGCUACAACACAUGGACGAGAACCCGCUAUUCAAUACGAGCACCAUGGAGGUGUUGGUUUUGGACGAAGCCGAUCGCUGUUUGGACAUGGGCUUCCAGAAGACGCUAAAUUCGAUUAUUGAAAAUUUCCCACCCGUCCGGCAGACGCUGCUCUUUUCGGCAACUCAAACGAAUACUGUUCAGGAUUUAGCGAGGCUUAAUCUGAAGGAUCCAGUCUAUGUGGGCUAUGGAGCAGCCACGCCCGGGGAAGAGCCCUCAAGUUCUAAGAAGGGUCCGAGCACCGCUAUCUUGGCCGUACCUGAGCUCCUGCAGCAAAGCUAUGUGGUGCUGAACCUUGAGGACAAAAUCACCAUGCUAUGGUCAUUCAUUAAGAAUCAUCAGAAGCAAAAGAUCAUAGUGUUUGUGUCCAGUUGUAAGCAGGCCAAGUACCUGUACGAAAUCUUUUGCAAACUGCGUCCGGGUAGCCCAUUGCUAGCUCUAUACGGUACCCUUCAUCAGGAUCGUCGCAUUGCUAUCUAUGAGGAUUUCCUUCGCAAGGGCCACGUGGUCAUGUUCUCUACGGACGUCGCGUCACGUGGUCUUGAUUUUCCUGCCGUGAAUUGGGUGGUGCAGUUGGACUGCCCGGAGGAUGUCUCGCAGUAUAUUCAUCGAGCUGGUCGCUCUGCCCGAAAUAAGACUCGCGGGGAGUGUCUUCUGGUAUUGACACCCAGCGAGGAGGAGUACAUGAUUGGUGCACUCAAGGACCAGCUGAAUAUUAACAUUCGUUGUGUGCAAAUCGAUCCCAAAAAGCUCUUCUCGCCGCGCGUCAAAAUCGAAGCCUUUCUGGCUCAAUUUCCUGAGCUGAGGGCCACCGCCCAGCGUGCCUUCCUGUCCUACAUAAAAUCCGUAUUCCUGAUGCGCAACAAGCGUCUGUUUAAUGUCUUUAGCCUGGAUCUAGAUGCAUUUGCUCAGUCGCUUGGCCUAGCGGUUACGCCGCGCGUUCCCUUCCUCGAAAAAUUCCUGUGGCGCCAGAAGCAGCUGCAGCAGCAAAAGGAACAGGGCGAUGUACCACCGGUCACUAAUCCAGUUCUCAGCAAGAUGACCAAACAACAGACCUUUGGCGGUGCUGAUGACGAUGAUGAUGAUAGUGAUGACGAAGACUUUAUUAAGGUAAAACGUAAGGAUCAUGAUGUCGAAGGAGAUCCAGUGGAAUUAGACCAAGUCGAGGGUGAGGAGGAUGUGCCUGAGGCGCCACUUGUUGUGCCCAAGCGGGAGAAACUCGUGACCAAGGCUUCGUUGGCUAAGAAAGCGCUAAAGAAGAACCUGCAGGUCAACUCCAAACUGAAGUUUGAUGAGGAGGGCGAAACUAUGGCGGACGAUCGUAACCAGAUGAAGGCUCUGAGUGCCAGGCAGAGAACAGAAAACAAUGACGAAGACGAUGGAGGCAUUGAUCUGGUAUUAUCCAAGGCGCUGCUGACCGAGGAGGAUCAGUAUGAUAAGCAACGGUUCAGGGAGCUCGUUAAAAAACGACACAAACUGCAGCGUGAGAAGCUGCGCAAGAAGGCAGAGGAGGCCAAGGGCAGCGAUGAAGAGGUGGAAGAAGAGGAUGCUGAUGAUGCCGAAGAUGCUGGUAGUGAGAGUGACCAUUCAGUGGACCUUUCAUGGCUGCCAGAUCCCGACAAGAUCUAUAAAAAUAAGGAUGACAAUGGGGUUCAAAAUUCUGAAUCUGAAUCGGAGCCAGGUAAUGGAACCGAUCAGGAGGAAGAUGAUGGGGACAGUGAUGAUGUAUCUGACGAUGAGCCCGCCUACAAGAAGUCUAAGCUUACUAAUAAGAUGACUCUAAUGGACACGGAGGCCAUUGCAGCCAGUCUUUUGGGUAGCUGAGUAAGGUGCUUGACUGUGUGAAUAAAUUAAUGCAUAUAAUUUUCUAAUUAUUUGUUAGUUUUUAAAGUCAUACGCUGUUUCAUUAGUAAAACUUUUCAAUUUUAAUACCUUUGAUGUAGCAAAUCUUAAAGUUCAAGUUUAAAGAUUACAGAAAAUCUUUGCAUUAAGGUUUUCAAAAGUUGAAAAACGUAUAAAGAUACCUGGAUAAAAAUGAAAUAUAUGCUUUAAAAAGCAAUACAAUAUUAGAAUUCCGCAUUUCAAAAUUAAAACCAACAUUUAAGGAUCGAAUAUAAAGAAUCAAGGUCAUCAAACUAAGAGAGAUUAAAACCCUGAUCAACUCCCAGUAAAAAGUCGCUUUCCAAAUGCUUCACAAAUAUUUGGAAAAUGCCCACAAAUUUA